GAACCUAUCGCGAUAUUUGCGAAACAGUAACCCUUCCAAUGUCCGUACCGUAAUCGAGAUCACGAAUUGGAGGUCCCACGCCCUUUGUGUUGGAUGCAACUCUAUUCACUUCCGCCAAUCCGCGUCCACCGAUCUACUGCUCCCAUACGCGUUCGGAAAUGGCGCCCACCACCAUGCUCGCCUCGCGAGCCGUGCGACAAGGGCUGUGCGCCUCCUUGAACCUCAACUACAUCGACCGCGCGAGUAGCAGCGAUUGUCGUCCCUUUGCUACCAGCGCGCACCCCGCACCCGCAGUUGCCUUGGUCUCGAGCGCGGGAGGUUUCGAGCGUGGAGGCUGUGGUGUGUCCGCGCGCGCGGCAGCCCGUGCGUGCAUGCCGCCAGGAGGCCCGCGUGACGCGGAAGCCGGCGGCGAGAGCAGCAAACGCGGGAGUGCGUGCAGCGAGGGAGGGCGCAUUGCGGGGUGGGCGUGCAUCGAGCGGUGCGGCGCGUGCUGCCAGCUGGACAAGGGCGAGCUGGCGCCGCCCGUGGAGACGAUUCUGCGCGACGCGGGCGAGCUGGCGAUGUACCGCAGCAUGGUGGGGGACGACGGGUGGUGCCGACACUACGACAGGCAAACACGAGCCUGCAGCAUAUAUGAGUCCCGCCCCCGGUUCUGCAGAGUGCAGGCAGACGUGUUCUGGGACCUGUACCGCAUUGCACCCCACCAACUGGCGUCCAGCGCCAGAAGCUUUUGCCGCGUGUCCAUUGCCGAUGUGUACGGGCCACGCUCUGACGAGAUGAAGCGAUUCAAGGCAGCCAAUGGGAAGAGCCGGGGAGAUGCAAUGCAGCGAUGAGGUGCUGUGGCCUUUAUGGUGCAGGCCACAGGGGUGCAUGGCGGGAGAGUCAGCGGGAAACACACAAGGCUGCUGUGGUGGGAGGGAACACCACAUUCUCUAUGGGUAGCGGAAUGGACUAGAAAAGUUGGUACAGGGUAGUUUUGUGCUAGCUGUUGUACACUCUAUGGGCAUGCACCUAGCUAGCCUCUAAUCAUAUACAAUAUGUGUUGGUGUUUCACAUUUAUUCCAAUAUCUCUGUGCAUGUACGC